AUGGGAUUGAAGAAAAUGGAUUUGAUAUUGUGGUUUAUUGGGUUUCUGUUCUUGAAUGGUCUAGUGGAGCUUUCUACUGCUGCCAACAUCCAUCAUUAUAGUUUUAUUCUAAAGGAGACGAGCUUCACAAGGCUGUGCACCACGAAGAACAUGCUGACAGUAAAUGGAAUGUUUCCUGGUCCAACCAUUACAGUUCGCAAAGGAGAUACAGCAUUCAUCAAUGUCCACAAUGACGGCAAAUAUGGCGUCACUAUUCACUGGCAUGGAGUAAAACAACCGAGAAAUCCAUGGUCGGAUGGUCCAGAGAACAUAACACAAUGUCCGAUUCAACCGGGGAAAAACUUCACAUACGAGGUUAACUUUUCCUCUGAAGAAGGAACUCUUUGGUGGCAUGCUCAUAGCGAUUGGUCUCGAGCCACUGCUCAUGGCCCCAUUGUCAUUUUACCUCCUGUCGGAAACAGCUAUCCUUUCCAAACUCCUUAUCAAGAAAAAACCGUUCUACUUGCAUCUUGGUUUAAUGAAGACCUAAAACAAAUAUAUGACAAUUCCACGGCAACUGGAGCUGAGCCAGAUCUAGCAGAUGCAUACACCAUCAAUGGUUGGCAAGGAGUUUCAUAUAGUUGCUCCAAUGAAACAACAGCAUACCAUCUUCAAGUAGACAAUGGCAACACCUAUCUUCUCCGUGUAAUCAACGCUGCGAUGAACAUCGAAAUGUUCUUCGGGAUAGCUCAGCACAACUUCACAGUCGUGGCACAAGAUGCUGCAUACAUCAAGCCCAUCACCACAAAUUACAUCAUGAUAUCACCUGGACAGACCAUGGACAUCCUGUUCACAGCAAAUCAGAAACCAAGCUACUAUUUCAUGGCUGCUAGGCCUUUCGCCGACACUACAGCACCUUCUAACAACAACGCAACCACGGCAAUUGUGCAGUAUUCUGGCUCUUAUACUCCCCCUUUAACCCCUCCUUUCCCUGACCUUCCUGGUAUCACUGAUAAGCAAGCAGCUGACAACUUCACAAACCAGACUAGAUCCUUGGCAAACAGUGAAUACCCCGUUAAUGUCCCGACUAAAAUCGACAAAAGCAUCUUCAUGGCCAUCGCCGUGAAUCAAAUAGUUUGUCCUGGUCAAUCGUGUGGAGGUCCAGAUGGUAAUAGACUCGCUGCAAGCUUGAAUAACAUCACCUUCAGCACCCCAACUCUUGAUAUACUUACAGCAUAUUACUGGAACAUAAGUAAUGGAACCUAUACUCCAGAUUUCCCAAGUAGGCCACCACAUAUCUACAACUUCACAGGAGAUGUGGGGAACAGUACUAUAUACAACCCAGUUGUAGGAACAAAUGUGACAAAAGUGAAGUAUGGAGAUGCAGUUGAAAUAGUAUUCCAAGGGACAAAUGUUGGCAGUGCAGAAAACCAUCCAAUGCAUCUUCAUGGCUUUAGCUUCUAUUUGGUUGGGACAGGUUCUGGAAAUUUUAACGCAACUAAUUCUUCUCAAUCUUAUAAUUUGGUUGAUCCACCCCUGGUUAAUACCAUUGGAGUUCCUAAGGAUGGAUGGGCUACUAUCAGAUUCUUUGCUAACAAUCCAGGUGAAGUGUACAUGUCUUAUUAA